AUGGAUGCACGCUCCGCCGAUCGCUGGGAGCGGAUCGACCGCCGCCUUCAGGACGCGGCCUCCGCGCUCGAGCAGCGCGACCUCAUCGUCGAGUCCCGCCUAGAGUCGCUGGAGGAGUUCGCCUCCUCUCAGUAUACCACCGCCGUGGUAGCGGACAACUGGGGAGACCACUUCGAGUCGCGCAUCUCUGACCUCGAGCACCGGAUGUUCGACCUCGAGUGCAUCCGCAUCGUCGAGUGCGGCGACGAACGUGACGAGCGAGUGGCCGACCUUGAGAAGGUGGUGGAGGAGCUCAAAGCCGGCCAGCCCGAGAUCUACGCCCACCUCGACGAUUUCGUUGAGCGCAAUCUCGUCGGAGUGGACUGGCCCUCCUUCUGCCGUAUGAUCCGCGAGCUCUUCUGCCGCAAUCAGCACGAGCUUCUCCUCCGCACUUAUCUCCACAUUCGCCAAACCACCACAGUUCAGGACUAUGUGGAUCGUUUCGUCGACCUCAUAGAACAACUCUCUACUUACACACCAAACCCGGAUCAUAUUGCAUAUGUCACUCGCUUUGUCAAUGGGCUACGUGACGAUAUCCGCGCUGUUGUAUUCGUUCAACGCCCCAAGGAUUUGGACUCUGCCUGCAUUUUGGCUUUGUUGCAGGAGGAGGCGACAGAACCGCGUUGGCGUCGUGAGGGGCGCCAGCUACAUCCUCCGCCGUUCGUCAAGUCGCAAGUGCAGAGGGGCGCCCUCCCACUGCCCCCUCCACCUGCUCGUGCCGGUCCUCCACCUCAGGGUAUUGCGGGGCUGCCGGUCGAGCCUCGUCGUCCUCAAGAUGAUCACAAGCCCCCUACUCGGCCGCUCGAAGAGCGUUUCCAGUCUCUUCGCGACUAUCGCAAAUCAAGAGGCCUCUGUGUUCGUUGCGGGGAGCGUUGGCAGCCGGGCCAUAGAUGUGCCCCUCAAGUUCAACUUCAUGCCUUGCAGGAACUCUGGGAUGUUUGUCAGGAUGAGUUCGAGGUGCCUGGAUGCUCAGCAACUACUGAUGUUACAGAACCAACAGAUGCAGUUCCAGCUUAG